GUUUUUUGGCAAGCAAUUUGCUCUGAGCCAAAAAGAGGCAUUACAGGCAACAGGAGCAGUUUUUACACAUCUGGCAGCCAUAUCACGGCCUGCUGCAACUGCUGCCUAAAUUUCAAGCGUUUUGGAGCCUGCUAAGACCCAAAACCGCACAGACUCAAAAAAGUUGCUGCAUAAAACGCGCCGCGUACGCCAUCGUUGGGCUAGCGCCACAGCACAGCCAUGAAGCGCCUCUUCCGUCGCAAGAAAAAAGAAACGCCCCGCAAAUCCAAGCCAGCGAGCAUCUAUUACUCGCCCGCCGCGGCGAGCACGCCUACGGCGCUGCGCAGCGAGGAAGUUGCCGUUCCGCAGACGCCACAGGAAAGGGCGCUGGCCGACUUCGCCGCGGAGACGCCUCUCCAAACGCCACCGACGCUGCGGACGCCCGUGCGCAUGCCCAACGGCGGCACUAACCUCGAUGGGGCGGACCUGCGCGACACGCUCGCGCGCGCCACCAUCGACCCCGAGGCCAAGCGCCGCCUCGAAGCGUUGCUAGACCGCCUCGAGGCCGCGGAGCGCGCCGCGAUGCAGACGCCCGUGAGGCGCCAGGUCUCCUGGGACCCCGCGACCGUCGAACGACCGCCGGUCGUCAGGGACGAGUCCUGGCGCAGCUUACAGAGGACGCCGUCGACGCCGACUACGCCUUCCAAACAUUUGCUGUUAGCCUUCGGCCUCGACGACGCCGCGAAUUCGCCGACCGCUAAACGGCGGCGGCGCGGCUACCUCUUCGCCGCGGGCGCCGUCGCGUUUGCUUGUGUGUUCGCCGGCGCGGCGCCGGCGCUGUCGCGCGAGUCGCGGCGCCGCGCCGCGCUGCGCCGGCCGCCCGAGCCCGUCGCGCCCUGUGUGGAAAUCAAAUUUCGGGCGCCCCACGCCAUCGACGCAUACCGGUUGAUGUCCACACAGGUCGCGCCCCUGGCCAAAGACACCGUGGCGGUCAUUCGAGCGGCAUGUCUGACGAAGAAACGGCCGCUCGCGCGGGUCGGUUGUGCGGCGCGGCUGACAAUCGCUAGAUUGCGAAAGCACAUCGUCAAGCUCGUCGUCCUGGUUGUCAUGGGCUUCUCGCCGCUGCCGUUCCUGCUGACAUUUGUCUGA